CAGUUUUGAGCAGCAAAAAUAACCCAAACCCCCAUGGGUAUGGGCUUGGUGGUGUUCUCUCUGUUUUUGUUGUUUUUGCAUCACACAAAAGGCGAGGGUUUCAAUGCCAUAAAUAACAAUGCAAACAACAACAGGAGCAGAGUCUUAGCCACGAGCUGCAACUGGUUCAGAGGGAAAUGGGUUUACGACUCUUCGUAUCCUCUCUACGACCCUUUCAAAUGCCCCUUCAUCGAGCCCGAGUUCGACUGCCAAAAGUACGGCCGGCCCGAUAGCAAUUAUCUCAAGUACCGAUGGCAGCCAUUCUCCUGCAGUCUCCCCAGGUUCAAUGGGUUGUAUUUCUUGAGGAAAUGGAAGGGGAAGAAGAUCAUGUUCGUGGGCGACUCACUGAGUUUGAAUCAGUUCCAGUCUUUGACGUGUAUGAUUCAGGCCUGGGCUCCUAAUUCCCAGAUUUCGUACAUCAAACGAGACGGGCUUACUUCGGUCAGCUUUCUGGACUAUGAUGUAAAGAUAUACUUGUAUAGAACGCCGUACCUUGUUGACGUAGUGAACGAGAGAUUUGGAAGGGUGUUGAAGCUUGACUCGAUCAGGGGCGGAGAUUCAUGGAAAGGGAUGGACAUGCUGAUCUUCAACACUUGGCAUUGGUGGACCCACACCGGAAGAUCCCAGCCAUUUGAUUACAUAGAAGACGGUGGUAAAACGUGGAAAGACAUGGACCGUAUGAUUGCAUUCUACAAAGGAUUAACCACGUGGGCCAGAUGGGUGAACCGAAAUGUUGAUCCUUUCAAAACCAAGGUCUUUUUCCAGGGCAUUUCUCCAACUCAUUACGAGGGGAAAGACUGGGACCAACCAACACAAUCAUGUACGGGACAGACGCAACCAUUCUUCGGAAUGAGUUAUCCAGCAGGCACGCCCAUGGCAUGGGUUGUGGUGAAGAAGGUCAUUGGUCGGAUUAAGAAACCGGUGUAUCUGCUCGACGUUACCGGACUCUCUCAGUACCGGAAAGACGCGCAUCCGGCCGCGUACAGCGGCCUACACAACGGCAACGACUGUAGCCAUUGGUGCCUUCCAGGUUUGCCAGAUACUUGGAACCAUAUACUCUAUGCAACUCUCUUUAGUUAAAAACAAAGCAAAUGGAAGCUUCUUCGGAGAAAAAAAUAGGUUUAGGACAGCUAUAAUCGAUUGAUUCUGGAUGGUAAAAACUUCCAUUUCUCUGAUUUAUGGUGUAGUGGGGGCAAUAAGAGAUAAUUAAUCGCAUCAUAAUUCAACU